CCUGGAGGAGUCCGAGACUCCGAAACUGUGACUUUACAACCAAUAUCGCUGAUUGAACAUGCCUCAAGUUCGUCCUACUCAUAUUGAUCUUGCUUCAAUCCUUGCAGAGCCUAGUCCUUCUGUCGACCUGCGCCUGCACGCAUAUGAAGCUUCUACGUCUAAUUUUCUUAGAGCGGUCACCAAUUAUGCAAAUCGCGCCGUAGCAGAGAUCACCAAACAUAGGAAUGCUCAGGAGGCGGACAAGAAACGUCUGGCUGAAAAGACUGCUGCAGUAAAGGCUGAAACUAAUCAGUGCAAGAUGAAGGAGAUUGAGCUGCUUGCUGUAAUGGAAAGGGAAAAGGAGGAGGUCCGAGAAGCCGAGUCAUCUAUUGUCGCUCUGAAACGCCAUCUCGCAUCCAUCCGUGAAACCUGCCAGUCUGUGGAUGCAGAGAUAGAGCAAUAUCGUGCCCUAACUGCCAAUUUGAAGAGAGAGAAAUAUCGAGAGCAGCAGACCUUGGAGAUGCAUGCAGCACAAACAGGACCGGAAUUAAAUGCCUGCGAAACCCGUUUACGUUGUCACAUUGAGGGAAUAGAGAAGGACCGGCUCCUCAUUCGAUUCACGCACAUUGACAAGCUUGACAUUGACCGUGAGUUCAGCUUUGUGCUCGACGUUGCAUCCAGAUCAAAUCAAGUGAUAACGACCACACCACCACUGCCAAAUCUCCCCAUACUACUCAAUGAACUAAAUGAAACAAGGAAUAUAUUACAUUUUAUCAAGUCGAUGCGCUCGGCAUUUUCCCAGUUAGUAGAGCAACAUUAGGAGGUUAUUAAAUCACUACAGAAAAAUGUCUGGGAUGGAUGUGGCAAAAACCUGCAGAUUCAUUACCAUCGUGGAUAUCGAUUAUGCACCGAUGGGAAUGUCCUACGAAUCUCAUGUUCUACCCAAAUUAUCCUAGGUGACAAACCCGCUGCGAUGACAAAAACAGAUGUGACGUGAAUGCAAGCUGACAACAUGUUUGUAGACAAAGAUAUUUAUUGUAAACAGAAUUCAGACUAGUCGGCGGGAAACGCAGCCGUUACAGCAUGCGCAACGAAUGUGUGGGUGUCCCUGG